GGGGCCGCGUCCUCGCCGGCUGGAUUCAGGCAGCUGUUCUCUUUCCCUGGAAUUGGGGAUCGGAGGACGUUCUUGUUCCUCGCGGGAGGGUCGCCGGUUCAAUCCCAGUAACGGUCAGCACAGUAUUUUGUUACAUCUGUUGGCGCAGACCUCGCAGGUCACCGGCUGGUCAACGCUCGCGGGCCCUGCAACCCUCUAUCCGGUGCAGGGAAUGAGCUCUUGGGCUGCGCCACCCACAGACGCGUCCAGAAGCCGGUGCAGCAGGCAUGAUUUCCUCUUCUUGUGAGACCUCGGUCGAUUGGAAUAGGGCCCACCUACUCCAGCGUGACCUCCUGGUACCCCUUGCGAAUCCGCAAAUGCCUCAUUUCCAAAUCGGGGUCACAUUCAUAGCGCCCCAAACGGGCGUGUCGUUUUAGGACGCCGUGACCUUCACAGACGUGGCCGUGAAUUUCACCAAGGAGGAAUGGGCCCUGCUGGACCCCGCGCAGAGAAGUCUGUACAGAGACGUGAUGCUGGAGAACUGCAGGAACCUGGCCUCCGUGGACUCGCUGAAUCAACGUAAGACCCAAAACUCAACCCCCCGGCAGGACAUUCUCGCCGAGAAGACCCCUCGAGGAGCGAACAGGGUGUGUGCCGUGAGCCGCAGUUCCCGGCCCUCCCCGCGGGGACAAGACUGGAAAUGCCACGAGACGGGGGAGCCGCCCAAGCAAAGGGACCGAAAGUGGCAGCAAGCUGCGGGCGUUCACAAGAAGGGCGAGUCUCCGGUCAGCAUCUGUGAAUAUCGCGAAACGAAGGACGAUCCUAAACCAGGCUCCAAGCUUGUGCCUUCCCGGAGAGAUGCCGCAAGAAACCGUAUGCCAAACUGGGGCUCAGAUAUCCUGAAACAAAAUCCUGUCCUAACCAGUAAUCAAAAGAUCUAUAAAAACUACGGAUAUGAUAGACUCUUAUGGCAAAGCAUUGUCUUGAUCCCGUUUGUGAGGAGUCAGACGGGGCCAGAGUCAAACGUGUGGCCUCACAAUUACAACAAUGUGCUUCACAGCCAUAAUAACAUUGGCAUGGGGACGGACAUUCAUGAAUGGGAUCCAUUUGGAAAAGCCUUUGGUGAAGACGCUUGCCUCAACGUAUGCAGGACUCACGUUACAGAGAAAACCUACGCGUCCGAUCCGUGUGGAAUCACCUUCCAAGACAGCUCGACCCAUGAGGCACGGAGGCAAUCCUGUACGGCAGAGGCAAAUCAUGAGAAUAAGCAAGAUGAGAAAUCCUUUGCCCACCCUGCAAAUUCUGACUCACGCAAGGAGACUAAGCCCGGAGGGGAGAAAUACAAAUGUCAAGAAUGUAGGAAAUCUUACCUGUAUCAGUCGUCCCUCGUGAGACACAUGGAAAUUCACACCGGAGAGAAACCCUACGAAUGCCAGACAUGUGGGAAAGCCUUUAAAUAUUCCUUACACCUUAACAAACACUUACAAAAGCACAUUAUCAAGAAGCCCUAUAAAUGUGGGCGAUGUGGGGAGACCUUCAAUGAGUUCUCCAAGCUUACGGAACAUAGAAGGGUUCAUAUCGUAGAAAAACCCUAUAAAUGUGAAGAAUGUGGGAAAGCCUUCAUCAGUUCUCACAGAUUGAAAAACCACCUAAAAACUCACAGUUGAUGGGCACCUGGCUAGCCCAUUCGGAAGAGCGCGAUCUCAAAGUCACGCUUUCAAGCUCCACGUGGGCUGUGGAGAUUGCCUAAAUAAAUAAACUUGGGGAAAAAAAAUACAAAACGAAA